AUGAAGUUCGGACAAGAAUUCAAAGAAGUUCUUUUGCGGGAAGGAUAUCCUCCCAAAUGGGUGGACUCCGCAAUACCUUAUGGGCAACUUAAAAAGUGCCUCAAAAAGGUCAGGCGGGAGCUGCAUGAUCUGGGCCUGGAUCCAGAAAUUCUGCGCCAGCUUUUGGCAGCCCAUGCUACUUCCAACGGCGACCCGGUGCCACUGGCCAGCUAUGAACUUGAUGGGUCGACCGUUUUAAGGCCUCGCUUGACCGUGUUCGUUCACCUAGAGGAUGGCGAGGCUGUCGAUGCCACCCUGACCCCUGCAUCCAGGAAGUUUCUGGAGAAGCUCUCGUCGGGACGAGUAACCACCUCGCCCGAACCCGAGUCUCCAGGGUCUAGCAUCGCCAGCCCACGGGGGUCGAGUCCGGAUCGGUCAAACUCGGUGGAUUCCUCAGACUCAUCGGAGAGUGACCAGACCUCCGCCACGAGCACCGACAGGGCCCCGAUAACGCAGCGCGUCGAGAUACCCCUAACCUUUGACGGCGAGUUCUUCGACCUUCUGCAGGCCGAUGUGUCCAGCCUCGACGCCCUCCAGGAAGAGGAAGAGGCGUCCAUGUCAAAGGAUAUCGUUCUCCUCGGCGAGGACAUGACGCACCUGACCAAGCCGCACAAGUUCCACAAGUCGGACCUCUCUCGGUGGCGCGAGGUCUUUGAGCUCUACCUCGAUGCGCAGGUCUUCUUUUCGACCCACGAGCGCGACCACGGGCCCAGGACUAGCGCAAAGGCACUUGAGCAGCUGGUAUGGUUCCAAGGCCAGGUCCAAAAUCGUGGCCUCGUUCAGCAGUUCAAGCUGCCGGCCAGCCGGGAGGCUUAUACUAGGUUUCUGGAUCUCAACUCGAAGUUUUUGCAAAACCUCAAGUUCCAGGAGAUCAACAAAACUGCCGUGACUAAGAUCCUGAAAAAAUUCGACAAGCAGACCUGCCUCGGCGCGUCGCAGACAUUCCCCCGCGUCGUGCAGUCAAAGCGAUUCCUGUCCGAGAGCGUGGCCAAGGACCUCUGCGCGCAGGUGUCAAGCCAGGUGGUAUCGACAGUCCCGCGAGUCGAGGACUACUCGUGCCCGAUCUGCAUGAGCAUCGCCUGGCUGCCCGUGCGCCUGGCCUGUCGUCACAUCUUUUGCGUCCGCUGCGUCGUAAAGAUGCAGCGCGACCGGAAGCGGCAGUGCCCCAUGUGCCGCCAAAACGUCGUCAUGCAGGCCGACCUCCGCAACCUAGACCAUGACCUCGCCCGCUUCAUGGGCCUCUACUUUAAAAAGGAGACCAAGGAGAAGCAGGCCGCCAACGACCUGGAGCGCGGCAUCGAGAUGUUUGGCGACGACUACAAGCCGUCAAGCUGCGUCGUCAUGUGA